GUAAUUUACCAUAGAACAGAAUAUGGAAGAGUGAGAAGGAAAAGAACGGAGAGAGAGAGAGAGGAGGGGGCGGGGGGAAAGAGAGUCUCAGCAGCACUCUUGUCUUGAACUCCCGAGGAAUCGUCGGCUCCUUUCGUUUCUGCUCCCUCUCUCAUCUCCCUCGGCGCGGCCUUCCCUGGCCGCAACGUAUGCGGCGUCUUCCCCCUUCCUGCCGCCGGAGCCGAUGUCCGUACUGCCUUCGUCGCCAGCUGCCUCCUUGGCGCCUCCACGCCUGUUGAUUUCCGUGCAGUUUGCCUCGUUCUUGCCAUUACGGUAUGUAUAGAGAAAGUUGUUUCGACUGGAGACUCUUUGCAUACAUAUAUACAGAGAUGGAAAUCAAAAUUUGUCUUUACCCAGCGACAUGUAGCUGCUUUUAUGCAUUGCUAUUGUGAAUAUAGAUGUAAAACAAAGGAAUAAAAAUGUUGAAUUCCGAUGCUUCUUCGUAAACGUGAAAUGAGUAUUUGGAGAUGUACCUUCAAACUCCACCGCAUUUGACACUGAGCGUCCGUUCUCCCCUAUUCCGCCGUCUUCUUCUUCGAUGCUUCUCGCUCUGGUCGAUGAAGAAGGAUCCGGAUCUUGAAUCGGCUCUAUCUCGAAACCGUCGAUGGAUAGUCAAUAAUCAGAUCAAGAACAUAAUUCUUCGAUGCCCUAACCAGGUGGCAUCUGUUAAGUUCCUCCAGAAGAAGUUCAAGACGCUUGAUCUUCAGGGCAAAGCUCUCAAUUGGCUUAAAAAGUACCCUUGCUGUUUUGAAGUCUAUCUUGAGCACGAUGAGUAUUAUUGUGGAUUAACAAAACGAAUGAUGUUUCUGGUGGAAGAGGAGCAAUCUGUGCAAGAUAGGCAAGAACCAGUGUUCGUAGAGCGCCUGGCGAAGUUGUUGAUGAUGAGCUCAAACCAGAGGCUGAACGUCAUGAAGAUUAAUGAGUUGAAGAGAAGUUUUGGAUUUCCUGAUGAUUAUUUGAUUAGAAUACUUCCCAAGUACCCUGAAAUGUUUCGAGUUGUUAAUUACAGUGGACGGCGGAGUUCAAUGGAGAUUGAGCUUGCUUCCUGGAAUCCUGAUCUUGCAGUUUCUGCAAUUGAAAUGAUAGCUCGGAGGAAACAAGAUUCCGAGCCAUGUUUUCCUUGUUCAUUGCCUUCAACAUGGAUAAAAUCAUGGGAGAGGUUUCAUGAAUUUAAUUCAACUCCAUAUAUUUCUCCUUACUCAGACCCUAGAGGUUUGGUCGAGGGAUCAAAAGAACUGGAGAAGAGAACAGUUGCUUUAGUGCAUGAGUUACUAUCAUUGACCCUAUGGAAGAAAGCUUCAAUUGUGAAAUUAGGUCAUUUUAGAAGAGAAUUUUGUUUACCAGAAAAGUUUAACAUUUUGCUGCUUAAGCAUCAUGGCAUUUUCUAUGUCUCAAAUAAGUAUCAGAUCUACACAGUUCUUCUUAGAGAAGGAUAUACUGGGUCUGAACUGAUUGGCAAGGAUCCACUUGUUGUUGUGAAGGAGAAAUUUGGGGAACUUAUGCAAGAGGGGCUUCAUGAAUACAACCGGAGGCACUAUUUGAUGAAUUUGGAAAAGAAGAAAAAGAAAGGUAGCUUGGGAAGACUGGAGAAAAGGAAGGAGCCAGAAUCAGAAACUGAUGCAAGUGCUCCAGAUGAUCAAGGAGGUGACCUUGGAGGCAUAUUUGACCCGGAAGAAAGAAAAAGGUUCUACAAAGUUCUCUUUGAUGAUAGCAGCACAUAAGUUUUAAGCAGAGGUUUAUUUCCAUUAGCUGGUGGUAACAAUGCUAGUCACUACAUGUGAAGAUGACCCUCUCUCGGUGCUUGCAAAGCGAGGUGCCUCCGUGGACGUCCUUUUAGCUGGUGGUAGCAAACUAGCCAUGGAGCAUCUGAACCCCACCCCUGCAGGGCAUGGGCACUUCAAACAUUUUUUGUUGUUUCACUGCAUCUGAUGUCAUCCCAGAGCUUCUUUUUUUCACCAUGCCUGGAGAUUGAAAACUGAGGAAGAUAGGAUUGUUGUAUUGGUGUGGUUACAAGAAAUACUGUCCCUAUAGUAUGGACGGGCGAUUUGUUAGAUCAGAAGCUAACCCCUUCAAAGACUUCCUUUCCUAUUUAUAUAUGUUAAAAGCUAGAUCAUGUUUGAGAGAAUCCUUCAAUCUUCUGCACACAGAGUAUGUUGGAAAAAAAAUUAUCUUUAUUGCCUUGUAA